AUGGCAGAGUGCACGCGGGGGGGCGCAGUCUCCGGGGCAAGCUGGGCUCGGUGUCGCGAGCAAGGGGGCCAGUGUGCAGCAGUUGGUCCGGCGAGCACGGCGGGGAAGGGCGGUGGGUGGCGGUGGACGCCGGGUGUGGGCGUAUCGAAGGCUCAUAUAUUUUGGGGGAAAGGUCAGUGCGAAGUAUCAAAGGCACAUUUGCAUUGGGGGAAAGCUCAAUGCGAAGGGAGAUGGGCAGGUGAGCGGGAGGCGGCAACGAAUCUGCAUGGCUCAAGUUAUGCGCCCCACACGAUCGCUACUGUACGGUACCCCGUCAUCGCAUGUAGAGUCUCGAGCUGUAAAUUUAAGUCAUUUUGCUUACCAACCCCACACCAAGCACGGUGCGUGCGGAGCGGCAUCCAGAAUCUCGCAUGCAAAAUGGCCUGCAAAAUGGUUGCACGCCAUGGGCCCGGGCGUGCCGGUUCAGGAAUCGCGAUUCCGGCUGUGGCCCAAUCAAAUACGCUCCGUUGGGGAUCACGCUGGUGGCGCAUUUGCAUCCUUGCGAAGUUAUCGAAGUUCGAUCGCCGCGUGUGCCCCAAUAGCAGCCAUUUAUUCCCCCUAAUGAAGUUACCGUUGUUACCGUGCGUGUAG